AUGGCCACCCUCGCUCACCGAAACAUAUCACGUGUUACAUCCACGGUCUCACCGGAGAUAUUCAGAGGGAUCGUCGCGCACGCUUCAACUCUGAAGCUUACGUAUCUGAGCUUCCACGACGUUCAUGUGGAGCUGAUGUGCUCGAUGCGUCUGUUCCCGGACACGUUUCGUAAUCUCCGCCAUCUGGGUCGCAUUGUAUUGCGACAGGCUGGGAAACAUGAGAUUAUCUCGGCACUGGCCGACUUCUCGAUGCUACGCCGCCUCGAGUCGCUCGACAUUACCGGCCUCUUUGAUAGUCGUUUCCCCGACCCCUGGACUUCUUCACUGCUUCAGGAGAUGAUAUUUCUGCACAAAAAUCUUCGAAAGGUGCAUAUUGACGGUACAUAUCGACAUAUUUGGAUUCUUCGGGAUGGUUGGGUACGAGAACAGCCUUCUCGUGUGUAUACUUGCUGGGAUAUGAUCAACGGCGACUGGGACGAUAUCUGA